AUGUACGAGCCUACCACCGCGCUGUCUUUGCACCGCUUGAGCCGGCAAAGUCUCCAUAAGCGCUAUGAAUCAGAUGAAGAAGAUGUCUCCGAAUCAGAUGCUGGCGGUCACGACUUUGUUCCAUCCCCGACAGGCUCCCAGCGAGCCGGGGCCUUUGACUCUGAUAUCAGUGCCGACGAGAACUCCCAUGUUGACCCGGAUUCGGACCGGGAGGAUGAGCUGCUGGCACCGUAUCGAGAAGCCAAGCGGCAACGUCCCGUCUCCAUGGACACUGUGAAACGAAGCAGCGAUGUCAGUUUCGUGGAAGAUGCAUACGUCUUCGACCCUGAAGAGGACAUAGUGCUGGAACUGCCUUCACUAGACAGUCCUGCUCCGCUUGCAUCGAGUCUCUUCCUGCAGCCCGCCAUCUAUGUCUCGCCUAACACUCCCCCGACUACCAAUAUUCGGUCUCGCUCAUCCUCUCCAUCGUCUAUCUUCUCAGUGGAGAACGCUGAGAUCCAGAUUGCCAAGAAGAUCACUUUGAUGGAACCGUCAACCCGGCCGACGUUGGUCUUCAUCAACUCUCUAGGCUCACGCUCGAAGAACGCUAGAUCUCGACCUAGCCGGUCUCGCACACGGGGAAACCCUCGAGACCGCGAGUCUCGUAUAUUCGAUGGAAGAUUCGAAAACGGGCUCGAGGUUCCACGGCUGGCCGGGAUGAAGACUUCAGCAUCAAAGGACACGGAGCACCCCGAGUCAAGCUCGGAUGAAUCGACGAGCACGACGCCCGCAAUGCCCCCUACAGACGACGACACGCCCCGUCCUCUCCAAAGCGCGAAUAUCAACUGCGUCUCCGAGAUCCCAGUGGUCCCGUUUUUCCCUCCAUCACCACACAUCAGGCCGCAAUCAAUGUACCGCCCUCGCCCACGCACCUCUGGCGCAGAAAAGCCCAUCCCAGCCAUGCCCAACGCACGACCACGCCGUCCCACAGAACCAGGCCCAGGCCGCCGUCCAGCCUCCAUCCGCAGCAACAGCAACAGCAGCGUCCCCUCCUACGCCUCCCGCCCAACCUCCCCCUUCUCAUCAGACCUGGGUUACAUCCCAGAUCACUACAGUGAGGCGGGAUCCCUCCUCUCCCGCACCUCCAGCCCCGUCUCCUUCGCCUCCUCCCCACCACCCUCCUACCAGCCCCAAUCCCAGCCCCUCAAACGCGGCCACACCCCCUCAAAGCACAGCGUCUCCAACAUCCUCGCCCAACGAUCCCCAAUGAUGCGCCGCAUGACCCGCGAACACUCCGCCACUUCCAGCAUCGCCUCCACCAGCAGCAUGAGCAAUAGCUCGACGGUUCACAUCUCAGUAUCGGGAACCCAGACCCCCUUGAUGGCGGUCAACUAUGAUUCCCAUGUGGUCCGGAAACCGAGCCAACGCCGCCAUGCGCGGCAUAAUAGUGCUGCUCCUGGCGGACGCAAGUUUAUGGGAUUGAAGUUGGGGAAAAAGUCUUUUACGAAGGCAUAA